GAAUUUCCGGUUACGUCAGAGCGUCAGGACUCCAUUAGAGCUGCAGCUGAUUCGAGAGAAACAACAACAAAAACGGGCCAACUGUCAGCGCCUCUAUAGUGACAGUCCGCUCAGAGUCAGACACCGAGGCCUCAAACCUGGAAGCUUAACCCAAAUUUCCCACCCGGAGCUCCGCCGGCUACUAACCACGGCCGCUCUCGGUGAGGAAACUCUGGCCUCCGCUUCCUCCUCCUCCGACUCGGACACCGGCGGAGCGUCGCCGCCCCCGCGGAAGAAGCACCGAGCCUCGGCGGCGGAGGGAGCAGGAGAGCCCGGGGCUUCAGCCGUUAUUACAGGCCUCUCCGGAAUCGUCCUCGGACUCGCUACUCACGCGUCGCACUCUCAGGCCACCGCUACGAUCCACUUUAACCGAAGUGUCGUCAACAACCUCAGCAGCAGCAUGCAGGCAAACGGGGCGGCGCAGGGACAAGAUUCUUCAGAGCUCUCCUGCCUCAACAGCGCACAAAACGGGGAGUCAUCCUCGGCCGGAGGAACGCACUCCAACGGGCUUCUGUCCAGCGCGGACAACGGGAAUAGCGUCGGCGCCAGUAACGGGUCUUCGGCCGGGCCCGCUUCGGGCUCCGCGGCUUCGGGCUCGGAGGUCGGCUCCCUGAAGAAGAAAAAACGACUGUCGCAGGCGGAGGAAGAUGUCAUACGAUUAAUAGGGCAACACCUCCACGGACUGGGGCUCAAUCAGACAGUUGACCUGCUGAUGCAGGAAUCAGGCUGCCGACUGGAACACUCCUCCGCUACCAAAUUCCGCAACCAUGUCAUGGAGGGAGAGUGGGACAAGGCUGAGAAUGAUCUCAAUGAGCUGAGAGCACUGAUGCAUUCUCCCAAUGCCAUUGUGCGGAUGAAGUUCUUGUUGCUGCAACAGAAGUACCUUGAAUAUCUGGAGGAUGGAAAAGUCCUGGAGGCUCUGCAGGUGCUCCGAGGAGAGCUGACGCCGCUCAAGUACAACACAGAUCGCAUCCACGUACUCAGCGGGUACCUGAUGUGUAGCCACGCUGAGGACCUGAAGGCCAAGGCAGAGUGGGAGGGCAAAGGCACCGCGUCACGCUGCCGACUGCUGGACAAAUUACAGACGUACCUGCCGCCUUCUGUGAUGCUGCCCCCUCGGCGGAUGCAGACCCUCCUGCGGCAGGCGGUGGAGCUGCAGAGGGACCGCUGCCUCUAUCACAACACCAAGCUGGACAGUAAUCUGGACUCCGUGUCUCUCCUCCUCGACCACGUCUGCAGCAGGAAGCAGUUCCCCUGUUACACUCAACAGAUUCUGACAGAGCACUGCAACGAGGUGUGGUUCUGCAAGUUCUCAAAUGACGGCACCAAGCUCGCCACCGGCUCCAAAGACACUACGGUCAUAAUUUGGCAAGUGGACCCGGAGAGCCACCAGUUGAAGCUGCUGCGGACCCUGGAGGGCCACGCGUACGGCGUCUCUUAUUUAGCCUGGAGCCCGGAUGACACCUACCUGAUCGCCUGCGGACCUGACGACUGCUCCGAGCUGUGGCUCUGGAAUGUUCAGACGGGGGAGCUGCGGACCAAAAUGUCCCAGUCCCAUGAAGACAGUCUGACCAGUGUGGCCUGGAACCCUGAUGGCAAACGCUUCGUCACCGGAGGACAGAGGGGGCAGUUUUAUCAGUGUGACCUGGACGGUAACCUGUUGGACUCCUGGGAGGGCGUGAGGGUGCAGUGUCUGUGGUGCCUGGGGGACGGCAGAGCCGUGCUGGCCUCCGACACCCACCAACGUAUCAGGGGCUACAACUUUGAGGACCUUACAGACAGAAACAUAGUUCAGGAGGACCACCCCAUUAUGUCUUUUACUGUUUCAAAGAACGGAAGAUUAGCUUUGUUAAAUGUAGCAACUCAGGGAGUUCACCUGUGGGACCUCCAGGACCGGGUGCUGGUGAGGAAAUACCAAGGUGUGACCCAGGGCUUCUACACCAUCCACUCCUGCUUCGGAGGACACAACGAAGACUUCAUUGCCAGUGGCAGCGAAGACCACAAAGUGUACAUCUGGCACCGGCGCGGAGAACUUCCCAUCGCCGAGCUAACGGGCCACACGCGCACCGUCAACUGUGUGAGCUGGAACCCGGCCAUCCCGGGACUCAUGGCCUCCGCCUCCGACGACGGCACGGUGCGCGUCUGGGGUCCUGCACCCUUUCUCGACACACAAGAGGCGGACGGGCUCACCGAAAACUGCAGUAACAUGGACAGUUGAUAGUCACUUGUGGAGCAGAUGACAUCUGUCUUUAACAACAAUCCAAGAAUCCCAGAAUAAAACUAAAUCCAAAUCCAACACCGACCUAAAGCAAGACAAGAAUAGCUAACAAAAAGUCACCAAGACAAAAGAGAAAACAAAAGUGGGAAGAAUUUGUCUCCUGACGGGCCUCGAGAAAACGGUGGAGGUGACGCACGGACACCCUGAAAAUUCGGGUCCUCAACCAAAACCUGAUCCCGACCAGGAGGAAAGCCAGUCGGUGCCCGGCGGGAUACGACCCGCUAUCUACUGGCGAGCUGGAUGGACUCGUUGUCCUGACCCAACCGAGCCGUCUUCCCCCACCCCGCUACAUGGGCACCGGCCAUGCAAGGUCCUCGUUGCCCAGGAAACCCGCCUCCACCUUGAGCCUGGAGCACAUCGAGGCCCAGUGAUGCUUCCAGACUGACACCGCAGACCAGCCGUCUUAUCAUUGGACUACACCUGUCUGCCUGUUUGUCUCACACAUCACCUGUAUGAUGUCUCCAUGGACAUGGGUGGGGUGAUGUUGGGGGAGGAUGGUGCGUAGGGGGAUAUAGCAACUCUUCUGUAUGUGUAUUCUCCUCUUCCCCGCGCUCUUGCUAUAUUCUUCGCAUCCGAUCGGUUGGAAAAAGGCUGAAAAAUCCGCCGUGAAAAAAACUGACCGACCACCUGACAAAGAACACAAAAAAGGCUAUGCUAAAUGUUGGCGUUUUUUUAUAAUAGUCAUAGCGUAAUUCUCAUUUAAGAGGUGAAUCUUAGCUGAAGUAGUGCCGUGGAAGGCUUUAGCCUGAAGAUUCCACUUUGUGUUUCUCGACAUUAGAAAAAAACAAACUUUUAAUUCCUUAAUUUAACUUCUAACAAAGGACAGUCGCUGUAAUGUCAGCUGACACCCCCCCCCCCCUCGUCCCCCCCAGUCCCGCUCCCUGACCCCCCCUCCCUCUGUCGAGCUAUCUACCGCACAACUCCAUUGCGUCCUCCUCGGAGGAGGAGAUGGACGGUUCACAUAUCAACGGUGGGGGGGUCGGACGUUUCCACUGUCACAUGACCGCAACCCAAAAGACAAGUCACGCUUUGAGUGCAACUUUGACUGCACACGGGUGACUGCUGCCCCCCCCCUGUGUGUGUGUGUGUGUGUGUGUGUGUGUGUGUGUGUGUGUACAUUUGUUCGUGCAGGUGAAAUUGCCGCUUGUUUUUUGUAUGCGUGUUCAAUUCACACCAGCAGAAGGUCCCCCCCCCCCCCCCCCCCCCCCCCCUCUGAGCUCCUAAUCCCAUAGUAAAAUUGUAAAGAGGAUUUUAACCCAAUUCUAAGUUAUCCAAAGCCCCAUCGGGACCUUCAUCUGUGGAACAAGGAAUAUGUGAGAGCCGUUUUGUGAAAGAAAUCUUUUCUUUAAUCUGGGGCUUUAAUUUUUACAUUCUAAUUUUUUCUGUCCUUUACCGAGUGGCACUGAGUUAUUGGCGGCGGAUCGCCCGAUGUGGGCAAAAAAGGAAGGAAGGAAGAUGGGAUGAGCAGUUUGAGCGAGGCGCGUUCCGAAGAAGCUGUAAAACUGUUGCGUUGUUAGUCAUUUCAUACAGGAAGUUAUUAUUGUAAUUACAGGACGAGUAGUAGUUUGCACGGCCGUAGAGACGAGAGGCACCAACAACCACAACCCCCCCCCUUCCCCCCAAAAUCUGCCUUCAUACAGUGGCACACAAACCUUCAGUCCGUAUGACCCCACCCCACCCCACCCGCCACCAACUGCACUUUGAGGGGUCUUUUUGCUCUCUUGCACCUACUGCAUUGGCAUGAAUCCAUGAGGAACCUCCUCAGCCGCCGUUCUGAUCGCUCAAAGGUUGCAGUGAAAAAGACUCGAGACGUGACGGGACCUUUGCAGAAGGACUCGAGCCUCUAUGCACCCGAAGGCAGUGACCGAUCGUCUGGUAGACCUUGUGGAACUGAGCGUGGCCCUCAGAGGGCAUAGAGCAGCCUGAGGGCCACUCGUGGGACUUAGAGAGAAUUCAGCGUUAACACCCCCCCUCACCUCACCCCCCCUUUGCUCUCCGGCCAAUUUACUCAGUGGUCAGUGCGCCCCAUUCACAGCUUUCCUCCUCCCUUUUUGAGGGUAUGUAAUGACUAUUUGCUACAGACUGAUAUACAGUAAAACAUGUUUAAAAUCAGCGCUUUUCUGUCUGUUUUUAUUGAACUUUUUUGUUACUUCAAUUUUUUUUGUUCACAUUAUAUCAUUUUUUGGUUGACUAUCCCUGUAUGAUCAUAUUAAAAUAUAACCAGACCUUUGGAGUCCUUAUUUCUUUUUUUAGUCUUUAUAACCCCCCUGUUAUUAUUUCAUAUAUUUUGUUUGUUUCUUUGUGUUCAGUUGCAUUUUAUCUUCUAAUACAAAUGAAUAUGCACAGUAACAACCAGGCCAAUUCGAGUGGGGAGAGUUUCUACAGAGUGUGAAGCAGGUUGGAGCUGAUCCACCUCUAAAGGGUUUCCUUCAUGUGCUGAGACGAUCUCUCUCUGUGCCAUUGUUGAACCAUCCAAGUCCCCUGAAAGCACACUGCUGUUUUUGGGUUUGUUUUUUCUGCCGUGUGUCGUGGUCGCUUGUGUUCACACUUUGGAAACCUGUGUCUCAACUCCUGGACUGCAGCAUGGACUCCUCUUCCACACCGGACACUAUUUCAGACGACUAAAGUCAAAUCGCGCACAUUAAACCCCCCAACCAGAGUUCCAGUAAAGCCCACCGUUCGCCCGCGGGGAACAAAUGCUGUGUCUGUAUGAACCUUGUGUUUGCUCUUCUUUCGUCUGAGACUUCCACCAGUUGUUUUUGAUGAAACUAUGUCUUAUUUCUCUCAGCGGUGGUGGGUGGGGGGUGUUAAGGGCUUACUGUAGCAUCUCUAAGUUCCUUGGGAUACGGUGGGACGGGGUGACGUGUGGCUUUUGCGUUCAAUGUGUUAUUUACAAAAGUGAUUGUACUGUUUUGUAACGUUGUGUAGGAAAAGUGUCACGUAUGCAUAUUUUCAAUAAAGCAUUCAGGGUUUUGAAAAAUGAA